UAGUUGUCAGGAAGGGUUGGCAGCCGCAGAGGAAGAUUUCGGUGCCUUCAGUUUGACUACCUAAAAUUAAAAUAGUCCACGUUAUCUGUCGUUUUGGAUACGGGACUAUAUUGGAAGCAAAGGUUCGAAUCACACCGAUGACAACGGAUACACGAAAGUCGCUGAGAAAAGUAGAAACUCCGUCGAACUGUAUUAACUAAUGUACGACUAAUCUAAAGGAAGUAACUUGCCAUCCUGGCGGAGCUUGCUAGAUCCUGAAUGACAGCUUCAUUCAUGAUGGAGUUGAGCAGGCAACUCUGUAUGAAGAUGAGGAAAAAUAAGAAGACCCAAUUUUCCUCCCUUCCUGCUUCUACAUUGGGCCUGGAAAUCCACUUUUACAUUCCAGAAACACGCCACCUGGAGUAUAUCAAAGGAUCCUACACUGCUGAGGAGCUAUGUGUGGCUGCUGCCAAGAAAUGCUCGAUUUCUCCAUUAUGCCAUAACUUGUUUGCUCUUUACAAUGAUGCAACUGACACCUGGUACUCUCCCAGCCACGAGUUCAACAUCACAGAGGAUAUUGGUAUCAAGUUGCACUAUCGCAUGAGAUUUUACUUCAAGAACUGGCAUGGCACCACAGAAGGAGAAUCACCAGUUUGGAGACACUGCCUCAGUAAACUCAGAGGUCAGAGCCCACAGAAAACACCAGAGGGAACACCGCUGCUUGACGUUGGUUCCCUUGAAUACCUUUAUGCUCAGUGCCAGCAUGACUUUCAGACAGGCAGGGCUCCACUGAGGACAGCGCAGUCAGAGGCAGAGCAACAUGAGAUAGAAAAUGAAUGCUUGGGCAUGGCUGUGCUUGCUAUUACUCACUAUGCCAAGAACUUGGAUAUACCCUUUUCGACAGCUUCCCGUGAGAUGAGUUACAAGCGUUUCAUCCCAGACUCACUGAACUCCAACAUAAAGCAGCGCAACAUUCUAACACGGAUUCGCAUCAGCAACGUGUUCAAGAAAUUCCUUGCCGAGUUCAACACCCAAACGGUUGGGGAGAGCAACAUCACCUGCUAUGAUCUGAAGAUCAAAUACCUGGCCACACUGGAGGGGUUGACCAGCAGAAUGGGCAGCGAACUCUUCAACCCCAUCUCCCUUAGUAUAAUACAAGAAAAGGAGCUCUCCUCUGGAGGUUACUAUGGGUACUAUAACCAGGGCCAGGUGCAGAUUAAAUGUCAGAGUCAGAACCUGGAGGCAAGCCCUGACAUGCAAGUUCUUAUCACUGGCACCACUGGCAUUUCCUGGAGGCAAAAACCUGCACCAGUGCCAGUGAUGUCCAAAGAAAAAAGCAAGUUGAAGAAGAGCAAGCAGGAUGAAAAACAGAAGAAUGACAGGAACAAGGAGAUGAAUGAAGGCUGGGUGAUCUUCUGUGAUUUCCAUGAGAUCACACACACGGUUAUCAAAGAGGCAACAGUCACAAUCAUGAGACAAGAUAACAAGAAGAUGGAACUCCAGAUGUCCUCAAGGUCUGAGGUUCUGUCCUUCGCGGCCCUUGUUGACGGGUAUUUUAGGUUAAUUGUGGAUGCCCACCAUUACCUGUGCAAGGAGGUGGCCCCUGCUUCAGUGGUGCACAAUAUCGAGACUGGUUGCCAUGGACCCAUCUGUACGGAGUAUGCCACCCAAAAGCUGCGUCAGGAAGGCAAUGACGAAGGAAUCUACAUACUGCGCUGGAGCUGUACCGACUACAACUACAUAAUCAUCACUGUGGUCUGUUUUGAGACUGACAUCUUCAAUGGACCCAAUAAGAUCCGUCAGUAUAAGAACUUCCAGAUUGAGGUAGACUCCGAUGGAUUCCGCCUAUAUGGAACGGACACGCUGAGGCCCACCUUAAAGGAGCUGCUGGAACACCUGGAACGCCAGUGCCUUCACACCGACAAUGUGCAGUUUCAGCUAAGGCGCUGUUGCCCUCCACAGCCAAGGGAAAUUUCUAACCUACUUGUGGUUACCAAGGAGAGAGCCCUGACCUGUCAGCCAACAAGGCAUGAGAGGGAGCUCUGUAUCUUCCAUCGCAUUCCUAAGGAGGACAUUGAGCAGGAGGAGCACCUUGGUGUGGGCACAAAAACCAAUAUAUACCUGGGCACACUGAGGGUCAAAAAUGAGGAAGAUGAAGAUGCAGGUUACACAUCUUUCCAGGAAGUCAAGGUGGUCCUGAAGGUGCUUGGUUCUGGACACAGGGACAUCUCCUUGGCCUUCUUCGAAACUGCCAACAUGAUGCGACAAGUGUCUCACAAACACAUCGCUCUGCUCUAUGGAGUUUGUGUUCGUCAUCAGGAGAAUAUCAUGGUUGAAGAAUAUGUCCAGCUAGGACCACUGGAUGUGUUUAUAAGGAGACAACAGAGUCCACUGAGUACAAGGUGGAAGUUCCAGGUGGCCAAACAACUCGCCUCAGCUCUUAGCUACUUGGAAGACAAAAAGCUGGUCCAUGGCUUUGUCUGUGCAAAGAACAUUUUACUGGCCAGAGAUGGACUGGACGAAGAGGAAGGAGAGCCCUUCAUCAAGCUCAGCGACCCAGGAAUACCAAUAACAGUGCUCUCCAGGGAGGAGUGCGUGCAUCGCAUCCCGUGGAUCGCUCCUGAAUGCGUGAAGAGCAUGUCAGCAUUGAGUGUGGCUGCCGAUAAGUGGGGAUUCGGUACCACCCUGUGGGAGAUCUGUUAUGAUGGAGAGGUUCCGCUCAAAGAGAAGAAACUAACAGAGAAGGAGAGGUUUUAUGAAGCUGAAUUCCAGCUGGCCACCCCAGAUUACAAGGAGCUUGCUGAACUCAUGACUCGUUGCAUGAACUAUGACCCCAAGAAGAGACCCUUCUUCAGGGCUAUCGUCAGAGACUUGGAUGAACUAGAGGAAAAAAAUCCAUCCAUCAAACCUCAUCCUACCACAGUGGAUGACCCAACUGUGUUUGAAAACAGAUUCCUGAGGAAGAUCAGAGAUCUUGGAGAGGGUCACUUUGGGAAGGUGGAGUUGUGUCGCUAUGACCCUCACGGAGACAGAACAGGUGAAAUGGUGGCUGUAAAGUUUCUGAAGCCCGAGAACGGCGAGGAGCAGAGCAACAACCUCUUAAAAGAGAUUGAAAUCCUGAAGGCACUUUACCAUGACAACAUCGUCAAAUACAAGGGCAUCAGCCAUGAAGAAGGUGGAAAGGCCAUAAAGCUGAUUAUGGAGUAUCUUCCACUGGGAAGCUUGAAGGAAUAUCUUCCCAGAAACAAGACCAAGACCAGCCUAAGCGAUCUGCUAAGCUACUCCAUCCAGAUUUGUCGGGGCAUGGAUUACUUAGGAUCACGCAAUUACAUUCACCGGGACCUGGCAGCCAGAAACGUGCUGGUGGAGAGAGAGGGCACGGUGAAAAUCGGAGAUUUCGGCCUCACCAAGAGCCUCAAGGAAAAUGACGGAUAUUACACAGUCAAGGAUGACCAUGACAGCCCCGUUUUCUGGUAUGCUCCCGAGUGUCUGACCUUCUGCAAGUUUUACCUCGCUUCUGAUGUCUGGUCCUUCGGAGUGACAAUGUAUGAAAUUAUCACCUACUGCGAUUCCUCCAAAAGCCCAAUGACGACCUUCCUUGAUAUGAUUGGCCGAACUCAUGGGCAGAUGACCAUCGUCCGCUUGGUGAAAGUGUUGCAAGAUGGGAGAAGAUUGCCUCGUCCUGAUACUUGCCCCGAGCCUGUGUACGAGCUGAUGCGGAAGUGCUGGGAGCAGGCUCCUGAGAAGAGAAUCACCUUCAAGCGUCUGAUCGAGGAGCUGACCAUCCUGCAGCAGCACCUUCAGCAACAGAACAACCUGUAGAUCUCCAGCUACUGAAGGCCCUGGGAAUGAAGCUUACUUUAACGGCCAACAUGCGACCAGGAGCCAGCUGCCAAACUGGUCUCAGACCAGCAGCUGCACGUUCAGCUUCACAACACAGAAAAUACAAAACCUUCAUACUGGCUUAGAAACCUUCCACCUCGUCACAAAAAUAGCCUCAAUUUCUCGCAUUUGGAACUUUCUAUUAAAAACCCGAUAUUUCCUGUUGUGAUGAACAUUUACGAUGAAAUGAAUCUGGCUCAUGUUCUACAUAAAAUAUGCGCUUUUUAAAUGAAAUUUAAACUCCAUGGACAAAGCAGUGCUUUGAGGAUACAGCAUCAUAAAUGAAGAACUGAAAGGAAUGAUUUUGCAUUAGUUUGUAUCCCAGCCGUGACGUGUAAACAGCUGCUUGGACGGACAGAAUUACAGACCAAGAUAUCAAGCCUACCUGUGGGGUGGUUGUGCUGCUGCUGGUUUAUGGACUUCUAUUUGAGAGAAAAAUGGCACGAGCCGAGUUUACCGUCAUGGGUUUUUAUCAGUUUACUUAGAUUUGUUGUUCCAGAUGUGCAAAUUCAGCUACUGAGAGGUGGAAUUAAAUUAGAGCCAGUAACCAGACAGCUGUAUAACCUUCAGGUUAGGACUUGAGUAAAUUAACCUGAAGCUUUAAAAAAAAAAAAAAAUACAACCAUGUAUCUCAAUUCUUGAAAAUUUAAUUCUUCAACUUGAUGGGGAAAGCAAAUAGUAACCUUGCUUUGUAUCUACUGUUAAAACUGCAGUUACAUAGGAACUGUGGUUUUUUUUUUUCUGUCUUAUUGUGCAAUUGAUUAGUGAAUGCUGUAACUUGUCAAACGUUUAAGGAAAGGUGUUUCUAAGAGCGACACUUGGGGGCAGCAAAGCUUCACUUUUCCUCUGUUUUGUACCCAGGCCCGUCAGAACCACACAGCUUUAUGUCUAUAAAUGUUGCAUGAGUCACAGCUGCAGAUUUCAGCAGGAAAGAAGUUAGAUGGGCAGGAUUUGCACCGUCUCACAUGGCUAUUUUAAAAAUAAUCCUACAUUUUAUGUGUUAAACAAGUCAUGUUUAUGCAUUUAGCUUGCAUGUACUCAAUAUUUCAGAAAUAUAUAAAUGUAUUUAUCCACAUAUGUGAAACAGCUUGUAGCUGAAGGAACUUUUUCUGCUAUAAAUAUCACCGAGGGGUGAAGACGCUUUAAUCCACACUUUAUUUAGGAAUGUAAAAGGCAAAUCCUUCUGCUCCAAGAAAUGUAUAAUUUUUUCCAAAAAAAAAAAAUACAAAUUCACAAUGAAAAAAUAAA